ACCGGAGGAGAAGCGACGCCGCUUCCGGAGGUUGGGCCUUUUCUGCCGGCGCAGGUUGCGCGGGAGAAACGGAGCGCUUUGGGGUUGGAGGACAGGAUCUCCUAGGGACUGGAUCUCCGGCGCAGUGUGCGUCCUAGCGAUGGCACAGGGAGCAGCUGCUGACUUUGGGUAAACCGGAUCGACCGAGGCGCAGGAGAGCGGCCCAAACCUCCAAGAACAUCCCUCCCGAGUGCAAAAAGGAGAGCAGUGGCACCACCAGGCCCACCACAUAUCUGAUCUGUAUUAUUUGUCCUGCUUCUGGGGAGUCAUCGCUGCCGCUAUGCCUGCUUUUCGGCAGGUUGGGGAAAAACAGCUUCCUCAAGAAGUCAUUUUUAUGGCCUGGUCUCCCAAGAGGGAUUUGAUCGCUCUUGCAAACAAAGUUGGAGAGGUUUUGCUUCAUCGCCUUGCAAACUUUCAGCGAUUGUGGAGUUUGCCACCGAGCGAAAGCACCGGGAAGGAAGUGACGGCCCUUGCGUGGCGGCCAGAUGGCAAAAUUUUGGCUUUUGCACUUGCGGAUACUAAGCAAGUUAUCUUGUGUGACGUAGAGAAACCAGAGAGCUUGCAUUCUUUCUCAGUGGAUGUGCCUAUCACUUACAUGCACUGGAUGGAAGUUACAGAAGAAAGCAGUGUCCUCACUUCCUUUUAUAAUGCUGAGGACGAGUCCAAUCUUCUUCUUCCAAAACUACCAGCAUUGCCAAAGAACUACAGUACCACUGCAAAAAUUUUCAGUGAAGAAAAGUCAGAUGAGAUUAUGAAACUCAUGGGAGAUGUCAGGCUGAAUGCUCUGGUUCUUGGGGGCAAUGCUGGGUUUAUUGAGAUCUACGCUUAUGGGAUGUACAAGAUUGCUACAGUAACGGGGGUGACUGGUUCGUGCCUCGCUUUGUGCUUAUCAAGUGACUUGAAAUCACUGUCGGUUAUCACAAAAGUAGAAGUUUCUCCAGAAAGUGAGCCAGAAAUAACAUACUUCCAACUGGACACCAGUUUGCUCUCAGCGUAUUUACCAGAAGUGACUCGAAUGGCUAGAAAAUUCACACACAUUUCAACUCUCUUGCAGUAUAUAAAGCUGUCGCUGACAUGCAUGUGUGAAGCUUGGGAAGAAAUACUGAUGCAGAUGGAUUCACGGCUAACCAAAUUUGUGCAGGAGAAGAACACAACGACUUCCGUUCAAGAUGAAUUUAUGCAGUUGCUGUUGUGGGGCAAAGCAAGCCUUGAACUUCAGGCGCUGCUUAUGAAUCAGCUCACAGUAAAGGGCUUAAAAAAACUUGGCCAGUCCAUGGAAUCCUCUUAUUCCAGUAUUCAGAAGCUUGUCAUAAGUCACUUGCAAAGUGGCUCUGAGGCUUUGCUUUACCAUCUCAGUGAACUGAAAGGAAUGGCAUUGUGGAAACAAAAGUAUGAGUCUCUUGGACUGGAUGCAACAGGAAUAGAAGAAGCUAUUACUGCGGUGGGCUCCUUCAUCCUUAAAGCAAAUGAGUUGCUUCAAGUUAUAGACAGCAGUAUGAAGAACUUCAAAGCUUUUUUCCGGUGGCUAUAUGUAGCCAUGCUGAGAAUGUCAGAAGAUCAUGUCCCUCCAGAGCUGAACAAGAUGACUCAGAAAGACAUCACUUUUGUUGCCGAUUUUCUUACUGAACAUUUCAAUGAGGCACCUGAGCUCUACAAUCGAAAAGGGAAAUACUUUAAUGUAGAAAGAGUUGGUCAGUAUUUGAAAGAUGAGGACGAUGACCUCGUGUCCCCACCUAACACAGAAGGAAACCAGUGGUUUAACUUCCUCCAAAAUAGCAACAAUCUCAAAGAAAGCCCGUUGCUGUUUCCAUACUACCCUCAGAAGUCCUUGCAUUUUGUCAAAAGGCGGAUGGAGGGAAUUAUUGACCAGUGCCUACAAAAGCCGGCUGAUGUGGUUGGAAAAUCGGUGCACGAGGCGUUUUGUAUGCCUCUGUACAAAGCAUCCAAAAGUGAGGAUUCAACAUCCCAGCUCUUCAAGUUGCCCUUUUUGUGGAACGAUAAAUCGUCCAAUUUGCAUUACGUUUUGUUCACGAUGUUAGAAAGUUCCAUUUCUAAAAUAUACAUAUUGAGGAGGCAUACGGACACUUCAAGGUCUGCUGAUAAUGGGCUACUCGCUGUUGAUUUUGGAAAUUUUCUUAACAGCAGUAUUAAUGAAAAUUCAGGAACAAGUUGUUACAGUUGCCUCGAUGCCCAUUUCUACGACGACGAAACAAUCACGGUAAUCCUUGCGGAGAAUUCAGAGCAAGAGGGAAAGGAGAGGAUUUUGGCCCAGUUGCCGUUAUCGUCCGUAUAUACCGAGGAAAACCAGGGAUUGGAAUUCAGCUGGAAUUCUGCUCAAAGAUUGGAUAUGCAAUGUGAGGACAUUCCUACACAGCCUGUCACCAUCGAGGGUCAGUGGAGGGUGUUGGAGAACAUGAAAGCCCAGUAUGUUGCUGUAAAUGGCAUCCGAAAAGUUUCUUGUGUGCUAAGUUCCAACCUCCGGCACAUCCGAGUGUUUGAAAUGGACGUGGAAGAUGACGGAGAGGCGGAGGAGGAGGAAGAGGAAGAAACGGUCCCGCAGGCAAGCGCGGGUGAGGAGGAGCCCCGCCCGUCUACGAGCAACCAGGAAGAGAGCGUCCAUGUUGGCUCUGCUGAAUUAGCGGAUGAAAUAGGAGAACAGGAAUCAAGUCUCGAUGCGUGAGACAAAACUCCCGGUUCACUGGCUGCA